GAAAAGCAGCUCACAUUAACAGUCUGCAGAAUAAAAGUUGUUGUUUUUGAUCAAAAUAAACUUUAAAAACAUAAAAACAGCAGCAGAGUGUGUUGAUCUGAAUGAAUUAAUAAACACUUUAAGCGGAGAUCGGAGCAGAUUUAACACGACAGAGAGGCACCAUCAGCGGCUCUCAGCUGGACUCUGACCCCGGAGCUCCGGAGGACCGAAGCCGCGUCUCUCAGCCGGAGCUCCGCCAGUGUCACCAUGAAGAGGAGGCUGCUGCUGGUGUCCAACUCCACCCUGCACGGCAGCGGGUACCUGGACCACUGUCAGCAGAACAUCUCCAGCUUCUUCGGAAAAGAUGUGAAGAAGGUUCUGUUUGUUCCAUAUGCUCUCCAUGACAGAGACGCUUAUACCAAGACAGCCAGAGACAAGUUCAAGAGUCUCGGUUAUGACGUCAGCAGCAUCCACGAGGCCUCAGAUCCCGUCGACGCCGUCAGGAAGGCUGAAGGCAUUUUUAUAGGAGGAGGAAACACUUUCCGGCUGCUGAAGAGUCUCUAUGACAACAAGGUGGUGACGGAGAUCAGGAGGAGAGUGAUGGAGGACGGCGUUCCCUACAUGGGCUCCAGCGCCGGCACCAACGUGGCCACCGUCAGCAUCAACACCACCAACGACAUGCCCAUCGUCUACCCGCCGUCCUUCUCUGCCAUCGGCCUCGUGCCCUUCAACAUCAACCCACACUUCCUGGACGCCGACCCCAACAGCCGCCACAUGGGGGAGACCAGAGAGCAGAGGAUCACUCAGUACCACGAGGAAUCCGACACUCCAUCAGUCCUGGGCCUGAGGGAGGGAUCCAUGCUGCUGGUGGAGGGAAAUAAGGCCACGCUGCUGGGAACCACCAAGGCCCGAUUGUUCACCAGGGGGAAGCCCACAGUGGAGUACGAGCCGGGCAGCGACCUCAGCUUCCUGCUGACAGACACAAACUGACCAAUCACAGGGCAGCAUCAGCUGGACGUAACCACGGAGACAAGACUGUUCUCUUUAUGAUGUUUCUGCUUCAAACAGAAUAAAUAUUUUAAGGAUAAA